AAGAAGGAAGAAAAAAACACGAAACGCGCAGUCGCGUCUCACCCCCAUUUGCCGCACGUUGCCCAACUCCUCCUCCUCCUCGUCAUCGUCUCCGUUCCGAUCCGCGCCCAUAAAUACGCGCCACCCCGCCCCCAACCUCGCCGUCCUUGUCCCCCCCAAGAACCCCCCGUGCGCCACCACCACCACCACCACCACCACCACCACCACCGAGGAAUUCUCGCUGUCGCCGCCGCCGACGACGACGAGGAGAAGGAGUAUCGCUCACAAUCUUCCGGGCCGAUGGGGAGGGCGCCGUGCUGCGAGAAGGAGGGGCUGAGGAGAGGGGCGUGGAGCCCCGAGGAGGACGACCGCCUCGUCGCCUACAUCCGCCGCCACGGCCACCCCAACUGGCGCGCGCUCCCCAAGCAAGCCGGGCUUCUCCGCUGCGGGAAGAGCUGCAGGCUGCGGUGGAUCAACUACCUCCGGCCGGACAUCAAGCGGGGGAACUUCACCGCCGACGAGGAGGACCUCAUCGUCCGCCUCCACAACUCCCUCGGCAACAGGUGGUCAGCCAUCGCCGCCCAGAUGCCGGGUCGCACUGACAACGAGAUCAAGAACGUGUGGCACACUCACCUCAAGAAGAGGCUGGACGACGAACGGAAGCUCGCCGCCGCCGGCGGUGGCGGUGGCCGCCGGCCGCAUACGCGCAAGCAGCCCAAGGCGGCAAAGAGCGCCGCCGCCGUCAAGCGCGAGGCGACGCCGUCCGUCAGCGUCGACACCAGUAGCGGCGUGACGUGCUCCACGGUGACCGAGUCGUCGCCGUCGUCGGCCGACGGCGACCACCGGCGGCAGCAGCAGCAAACGCAGCAUGCCGCUGUCAAGGAGGAGAGCUUCAGCUCGGGCGGCGAGCUGCCGGCGGCGGCGGCGGCGCCCACGGCAGCGGCCGACAUGGACGAGAGCUUCUGGUCGUCGACGGAGGUGACCGGGAUGAUGGCCGGCCUCGGCGACAUGGACGAGGAGCUGGCCAUCGCCGGCACGUCGUCGGCGGCGGCGGCGAGGAGCGACGACAUGGAGUUCUGGCUCAAGAUGCUCCUCGAGUCCGGCGACAUGAGGGAUUUGGCCGUCUUGUAAUCUAUUUAAUUUAAUCAUGGCAGAAUUAAGCUUGAUUAAAUUAAUUAACUACCGGGAAGAAUUGAUAGUAUCUCUUCUCUGUUGUUUUUUUUUACCUUCUUUUUUCAUCUUUUUUUUCCCAGUUUCCAGUGAGAAAACGAUGGGAAAUUCAGGUGAUAUUUUCACCUUUGUUAGAAAAAGGAAUACUGUAGUAGUAGCAAAAAUUUCUUUGGUUCGUUAUCAGCUGGCUUCAGAAUUAGAUGCAGUGCUUCUGUGCUUUGUACUUAAUUAAUUACCCUCGAAAUGAGAUGGUUAAUGUUAUUAGUAGCUUUGCUUAGUUAAAUACUGCUCCAAAUUGACUGUAAUGGCUGAUUAUGUCUCACUGUGUAUCAGUUCAUGGCUGGCUGUUGUAUUA